AUGAACGAAACAUGGGGGCACACAAGAUUAGAACCUCCUUAUCCUCCUCAGCCGACGACUCGACGAGCGACUGUUCGACAGACGACUCCUCGACAAACGACUCUUCAAGCAUUGAAAUCUCAGCAGCCAGGGAAAUUUGGCAAUAUCACGGCAAGACAGGGCGAGAAAGCCCGGUCAGGAGCACAGGAAAAUAAGGCGCAUCUCAGGACUACGACACGGGGGAACGAGGCACCAAGGAAAGCCCGAGAAGUCCCAGGCAACAGCACCAACUCAGGUCCAGUCGGCGGCAACAGCUUCGCAUCGACAGCAGCUAUGGGAAAGUCAUCAAGAAUCGCGUACGGCUUGAGCCCCGACAACAUCAUCCGCAUCGACGACGACAACGACAACGACAAGCGUAGCAUACGAAAACGGCCAAACCCCAAGACAAAUCAAUCUCCAGCCAGCAGCCGAGUUAUCGACGCUAGGGUCGACACGAAAAGGCAGCGAGGACGCACGCAACGGCCUAGAAAGAUCACCAGUUCCGACUCCGCAGUCCGCUGA